AUGCCGGAGGGUCAGGGCCCUACCAAUCCCUUCGUGCGGUUCAAGGACCAGGUCGACAACCAAGUCUCGCAGGCCUGGCAGGGUAUUCAAUCUCUGCCAUUCGAGUCUGCCGAAUCCGACCGGAGUGUGAAGAUGGCCGAGCCAGGUGUCAGGUCUACUACUGCCGUCACUGCUGACAGCAACGACAUCGAUACUCCAUCCCAGCGGGACAUUUCUGUUGGGGGAGGUGCAGUUGAACAUGUUGCCGAGAGGUUACGCCGGCAAACAGUCCACUCCUGGCUGAAGUAUUCGCCUUAUUCACCUCUGCAUCUGGAUGGGCUGAGGCAGCCCGUCCCCAAUGACGCACCCGGUCACUACGACCAGCCCUUCACCUUCCGGGAUGCUUUCGAGGACCUCCUGACCACCUCCUCUGGCCGGCCCCCGCAGGAUGUUGAGCAGAUGUGGCUUGCCGCGAGGAGUAGGCAUGCUCCCCUCCUGUCGUGGGCCGACUUUUCUCUCUUCGCCGCAGGCUCCGGCGACUGGGAGUGGGCGUCCUCCCUUGAGCGUCGCCGGUUAUGGGACUCCUAUUUUCCUCGCCCGGCUUUCCGCGACGGCGCGAGGGAGAUCUUACAUAAGGUUUCGGCGCUGCGUUAUCCCAGCAGGGCCGACGCAGAGCGCCACACGAGCAUGCUCAUCAAACAAGCUGCUGGAAGUGAGGCGGAAGCCGGAUAUCAGUCGACCAUCUAUCGUUUGGGCCUGUUUGACGCCCAGCCCGGCGCCGUACGCCGUGAGCUAAGAACACUCAACAACCCAUGGAGGACAGAGACGGCCGAGCGUGGAGAGGAUCGGUUUACACAAGGUGUGCAAGUAGAUGGAAGAGAUCGCCGGUCUGCCGAGGAAAUCAAACCCGAGGGGCGGCCUGCCAAUCAAGAUGGCCACGAACCCAACUCAUUUGAGGAUCUCUGUCAGGCGCUCAAGUCCCGGUAUGCUCAGGCCACGGCCAGUGUGUGGCCUUCGUGGGAUGCCAUAUUCAACAACUUUCACGACAAGUGGCCUGAGCCCAAGUCUGGGCCUGCUCCGGACUCGACGACAAAUUCCGAAACCUCAGUCGCACCAGACGGAAGCCAGGUGAUAACAACGACAGAGUGGCAAACUCUUCGUGGGGGAACCCAGAAGAAAGUCAUUACGGAGAGGCGCGACCCCAGUGGCAACAUUACGCAACAAUCAACAGUAACGCAAUUCAUUUCCGGCAGCAUGCGUGAUCAGACUGGACAAGAAAGGCAUGAUCAUGCAAACGAAACAAACUCGGAUGGGAACUCAGGCGGGUGGUUCUGGACGAAGAGGGGAUGA